AUGUCGAGGAUCUACAACAUCGAUUUCGACCUGCCAGAGGCCCAUGAGAGCAUUCCUCUUGAUGAUACUAAAGAUGCUACUGAGUCGUUCCACACUAGCAAGGUCCUGGACCGAUCCCUGAGCCUACUCCUUGACAUGGAGGACUUCUGGACACCUCUAAGGUGGCAGUCUGCUGCUGAGCCUCCAGUGAAGAUGCUCAAGGCAGUCGGCAAGAAACCAUCAAGCUCCACAAGUGUUGACCUCAUCGGCCUCUUUGACUCGCCGCCCUCCACACGCCAGGAUGAGGACAUCGAUGAUGGGUUCGGACUACCAAACAAUAGCCUCCUUGCACGCAUGCUCAUCAGGACUGACCUAUCUACCAAAGAGACUGUCGAGAUGUGGUUCCCCAGACAUCCCCAUAUGCAUCAAAUGCCCCUGCCUGUCGUCGAGCCCCCGCUAAGUCUGCUGAUGUCCAUAUCAUCAUCCCAUCGAAGGACCCCUCUCCCCCGCCUCGACGAGCCCCUCAUCCCCGUACUCUCUCCGGCUCCCACUACUCCUGCCAACCGACCCAACUCUCAGGUUGUGUAUCCGUAUGACCCUCAGAGCUUCCAAGUAUGUUAUAAUAAUGAUCUUCGUUUGGAGCUGGAUAUUCUGGAGCCACUCCGCCCUGUUAAAGGUCUCGACUUGAAUGACUUCUACAGGCUUAUAGAGGAUACAUCCACUCCCUCCACAUCGUCAAUGUGGCACACGGUGAAUCCUGUCUAUAAGAUGAUGACUACUCUGAAGCUGCUCAUCGAAGGUCUCGAUGACCCUUGCCUCAGAAGCAGCAGCACUACCAAAAAACGACGAAUCGAUGACGACCUCUCGCCCUCACCUGUUGUAGCAUCAGGUAGCAGUAAUCACCUUGUGUGCACUCGUAUGGAUGAUGAUUUGGAGGACUUGGAGAUUCGUGAGGACGAACGCUAUCAAGAUAUUCCCUUGGAGAUGAAUAGUCAGCAGCCCCACUACUUCGAUUAUGACGAUCCCAUGACGGGUAUUUCUUACAUCUCACUGGCUGAUGAAAUCGAGGAGAUGCAUCCCUUGAUUUCCGAGCUUUCAUCUCAUUCCCCAUCCGAGGGUGGUUGGGACGUCGACGAUGUCCUUGAGGACCCUCCCUGCACUACAAUCGUCCCUUAUCGAGGACCACCAGUCCCCAUUGGCGGCUGGGCUAUCGACUACCUCGCCGCUGAGGACUACCUCCCACACAUGAUGAUCAGUGGCACCAGUGAGAGCUACAUGUCAACCUCGGGAUCCUCUGAUGAGUCUUCGACCAUCACGAUACCGUCACAAGAUGAACACUCUACCAGUUCGGACGAGGACGACGAGGACGAGCAUGAGAGCAUCUCGGACCUCUCCCUUGAAUCAGAGGAGUCUAUCUACAUCGCUGAGUCGACUGAUACGGACGAUCCGGACGCAAGCCUGGAGUGCAUGACGGAGGUCUCUGAGUGUGUCUCGUCCUUCACUGAGGACCCCAGGGAACCGCUGAAACUCACACCCAUCGCAGGCCGGGUCGAAAUAGGAAGUUCAUCGCGAACCUCAGGAGGCUUCGUGCCGCAACGACAUCGUCAGGACUUCAUCAGAUCCAUGACGGCGUGGCUAUCAGAGAUCGCCUUGGAGAGGGAGCGGCAAGCCAUGGCCGUUUGUGAUGAUCGUCGUCAUGAUGAGCCAGCACCUGCCGAGUCAUGCACCCAAAUACAGGUCUAUAGGGGUGGCGGCCAAGUGGAGACCCCUGUGCUGCGGUAUCGGGAGGAACUUGGUGAUGCUCCAGGCUACUUCGGAUGCGCUGACUACAGCAAAGUGGUGUCCGUCUUGUGCCGCAAGGAGCAUGUCAUCGCCUUACCCUAUGUCGACUCUACCACUACCACCAACACUACUUUGGCACUGCUCGACUAUACGGAUCUCGACGUAUACGAGCCUGGGAGGCUGGCCAUCCCGUCUCCCCUCGGGUACGGAUAUGAUGAACUGGAUAUUGAGGAUUUGGAUUGCGACACUGAGCAGUCAGAUUUUGAUGAUGGUACGUCUCCCUCCGUGGUGUGGACUUAA